AUGCCUACACGCCCCAAGAUCUCCCUCACCGACCCCGACGCGUUUACCCUCUCCCAUCUACCCUCCGAAAUCAUCGCCCUCAUCUACGCCUACUAUCUCGCCCAAGACCCCCUUGAGAGCAGGAGCCAGUUCCUCAAUCUCCUCGUUCUUUCCAAGGAAGUAUAUUCAGAGAAUGCUUGGAGGCUGUACGAAGCUGUCGAGCUGAAUGAUCAGAAUCACAAGGCGUUUUUUGACGGAUUAUGGAGCGGCUCCAGGGAUAUUGACGUUUGUCCGGACCCGUGUCCUCCUUUUUUCCUGGGGGAGGCUCCUCCUUUUCUCCGGUUGAGGGCUUCUGCGAUGGCCCUCGCACGGGAGAUCGAGGGAUACUCUCAUCCCAAACGACGGUUGAAACGACCAUCCCACAUCCCGUCCAAUAUCUCCUACCAGGAAUACGAGUAUGAAUCCUACAUCCCCUUCCAUCUCCAUCCCGCCAUUCGAAAACUCCUCCUCAUACGCCAAUGUCGCAGGCUCUACAUCGAUAGCUGGCAGGCCUUUGUCGGACUUCGAAAGGCAAACGACUUGGUCCGGGACGCCGUCAAUGCGUGGCCUCGGGAACACGACAUCCGUCAUGCCGAGUCUUCCCACUAUACCUGGAUCUCAGACCCCCUCUUUUCCUCCGUCACCCAUCUCUCUUUCGGAGAGACUGUCUCAUUGGAUGCUCCCGACACUAGCGAAGAGAGAUUUCCGCGCAGGUCCAAGUCCUUCGGGCCGGCGCUCAAGCAUGUCUGCCUGAGCUUCAACGACAAAUGUUACGAUUUGGAAGCCGAAUACGAGGAGGAAGCCCAAUUUGGGGAGCUAGAUCAGUUCGAGGAAAGAUACUUCAAUGAUGGCAUCGCAAAGCUGCUUCGAGAGCGAAUAUCCUUUGCGCUUAGGUUCCAUGUGGAUGAGAAGACGUCCUUGACGCUUCACAACGCGUGGCCCGACGAAAUUGAGCGUGGGCUGGCCGAUACGAUGAUCUAUGAAUUGCCGAGGAGUACAGAGAAUGGUGACGGUGAAUGGAAGAGGCAGAUCGCGAUGACGACUAGGGAAAUGGAGUGUUACAUGUCAGAGUUGGAAGAGCGGAUGGAAGAUGGCAGGUGGGGAGCCGAUGCCUGGCGACCCAAGAUAAAGCCCUGGAAGGUCCGAUUCACCAAUAUGGCGCCCAUCCCACCCAAUACCGACAUCAUUUCGGCCGUCCUCGAUGAUUACCCUUUCAAUCAAGAUGAACAUUUCGAUAGAUUGUUCAAGAAGUGGUGGGAUGAAGUCGUCAGCUUCGAGGGACCAGUGAAGUGCGACUGCUGCGAGAUCUUUAAAAAGAGACACCCCAAAAUCAACGCCUACAAGUACUCCUACAGUACUCGCCGGGAGAAUUUCGCAUCCAUUCGGGAAAGAGCGGAUGAAAUUCGCGAAGAGUACGAAUUACUUCAAAGUUCUGAAGUCGCUUUUUACGAGUCUCAGGUUGCCUCAUACGAGUACCCCUGGCUCUAG